AGCCGUGUGGAUUUACUAGCAGAAAGCAGCCUUUAUUUGUGUCUGCUGAGCACAGCAGAUUAAAAACACGCCAGGAAUCUAAACGCUCGCUCACCGUCUCUACUGUGUGGGUUUGAAUUUAAGGACCCUCUGGGUUUUUUUUUUCUGCCUUUAUUUUCAUUUUUAACAUUUUGAAGAAGACACAAAGGAGGAUGGGUGCUCAGUUGACUAAAGGUGAAGCUACAGUGGACGGAAAAGCCGUGGCUGAUAAAGCCAAUGGUCAGGAAAAUGGCCAUGUGAAAACCAAUGGUGACGUAUCUACCAAGCCAGAUGGAGAAGCCGUGGCAGCAGACGGAAAUGGAACCGCGGAGGUUGCCAAGGAGGAGGCCGCCAAGACUGAGGCAGGAGAUGGCAUCGAAGCCGCCCCUGCCACCGAAGGCGAUGCCGCCAAAUCCGACGGUGAAGCUGCAAAGGAAACCAAGAAGAAGAAGAAAUUCUCAUUGAAGAACUCCUUCAAAUUCAAGGGCAUUUCCCUGAAGAAGAACAAGAAGGGAAGCGAGGAGGCAGCAGAGCCCGCGGCCACGCCCACCACCGAAGACAAGCCCGAGGAGAACGGCCAGGCUGCUACAGAGACCAAAGAGGAGGAGCCUGCUGCGGCAGAAACCAAUGAGACACCGGCACCUGAAGCGGAGGUGGAGGCGGAGCCCAAAGCAGAGGCGGAACCCAAAACAGAGGCAGAGCCUAAAGCAGAAGAGCCCGCCCAGGAAACAGAAGCCGCGCCCACAGAGGAGACCCCAAAAUCUGACGAGACCCCGGCCCCUGCUGAAGAGACCACGCCCACCACAGCCUCGGACCCGGAGCCGGCUGCAGAGUGACCUCACUUCACUGUGGCAACCUAGACUGUUUAUCUUUAUCCUUUUUUCUUUUUGAGAUUGAAAUAUAUAAAUAUAUAUAUAAAUAUAUAUAAAUAUAUGAGACUUGAGCCACAAUCUUAAAGUUACAGCAAUAGUACAGAGAAACCGAGUUCUUUCACCAUCUUUGCUGAUAACAGUCUCUAGUUCACGGUUUGUCCGGUCCGGUGUCAGUGAGCUCCGUGCUGCCGCACAUCAAGAGUGUUUUUUUGGGGGGGGAAUCGGGCCGGGAAUUGCUCUGUGUAUGGAUUGGAACGACUGAUGGAAUUUCCGCCUCAGAGGAAGAGCAGCGGAUGGAAGAGCGUGGCUCCCUGUUCACAGUCUUUUCAGUCAUUUUUCUCUUUUAAACUUCAUCCGAUCCUUGAUUUUUUCAGGGCUGAUGAGUAAAAUGACAAAUUGUCCUCUUUAGGAGAUGGUUAUGGGACAAUGUAAAACUACAAAAAACAAAACAAAAAAAAUCUUUUUUUUAAGUGUUUGAAUGGCUCUACAUUCCAAUUUUUAGCCCUGAAAGCCGUAGGGUGUCAGAAGAUCUGGGCGAGUGAAUAGGUUUAGUCUUAGUCUGUUUUUAAUGAUGUUUUACAGUUUUAAUCAGAUCCAGCUACACAUUUCAAAGUUUACGACAAAGGGGAAUUAAACCACUGCUUUUAUCAAAUAUAUAUUUUUGUUCUUUUAAGUCUCUGUACAUACAUUUUCUGACUCUUUAUUUUGCUAACAUUUCCAGGUGUUAAUAAGAUGUUGUACGAUUAGGCCAAAUAAAUGUUUGACCCCC